CAAAAGGAGAAAGAUGAAGUCUGGUUCUCUCAGUUUGGUUCUUGUCUCAUUGAUUCUGAGCUCCUUCCUCCUUCCACAUGCCAUUGCUGAUUCCUCUGCAACCUAUGUUCCAAGUUUUUGUGAUUCAAAAUGUGGGGCAAGAUGUUUGAAUGCAGGGGUGAAGGACAGGUGUAUUAAGUAUUGUGGACUCUGCUGCCAACAAUGUAAGUGUGUGCCCUCUGGAACCUAUGGAAACAAGUCAGAAUGUCCUUGCUAUAGAGACAAGUUGAACUCCAAGGGAAAAUCUAAAUGCCCUUGAUUUUAUUUUUCAUUUAAUUUUCCUCCCUAGAAAUCUGUCAUGUUUUCACUUUUCAAUCACUUGAAUAAAAUUCCCUUUCCCCUGCAGUUUCUUAAAUGUAAGUGUGUCUGUGAGAUGAACAAAUAAAUUCAUUGAAUCAGACUGAAACAUAUUAAAGCUAAGACCAUUCAAGUGGAAGCUCUCUGAUAAGUCCAUAUAUAGUGGCAUAGAAUCAAACAGAAAAGGGCUUCCAGAAUUAGGUGAAUUUUUUCUCCCUAAAAGCAAUAAAAAAUAAUACUUUGUGUCUGAUGCUUCAUCAGAAAGAUGAAUCGUCAACACUGAAAGAUCUGUUCGACAAGGAUCGAGAUGCACAAGCGCAUCAGCUCGUGUUCAUUUCAGUGCUUGAAAUUUUAGAAAAAUAAGUUACCCAUGAAACCUUUUUGAUGGGA